GCGGAUCGAGCUCUUCCCGCUUCGAGCUCGAGCUGCUACGAAUGCCGUUUGGCGGAUGACAGUUUGUUUUCCACAGCGGGCCCGUCUGACAAGAAGAGCGGAUUUUCACGCCCUUAACUACCGGGAUUGUAACAUCUCCUCGUCAAUAUGAGACCGCUUUCUCCGACAUGUUAGCGUUUGCCCAAGGAUAUGAAUCCUGGCAACAUAUCUGUGUACAACAGCUCUAGCCCAGCUGAGGGACAGAGUGAACAAGCAUGAGGCUGCUGGCCUCCUCGCCACAUCGACUACAGCAAACACGCAUUUCCCCAAUGGAGUUUUAAGCCCUUUAGGAGUACAGACUGUCUCGGCCCACCAACACUAGUGAAUGAACACACAGGUAUGUAUGAGCAGAGACCGAUAUAACAGCCCCUUCCCUUUGGUUUAACACCAGAGCUGCCCCUGAACAACGAACAAAAUAGUCGAGAGAGAAAGAGAGGGAGAAAGACUGAGGGUCCCAUGUGCCAUUGGGCUGAGGGGCUUUCGCCAUGAGCAGCACUCUGGGCAAAGAUAAAGACUCUAAGGAGAGGGAACCCAAAGCGGAAGGGAAAUCCAAAACCAAAGGGAAAGAUGCCAAAGAUGGUAAGAAGGACACAAGCGGCGCUUCGCCCGCCGUGGCCUUUACCUUGGAUAGCACGAUAAAGCGUCCCAACCCGCCGCCCAGCACCCGCAAAAAAUCCAGCAAUGCGGAGGUCAUCAAGGAGCUGAACAAGUGCCGCGAGGAAAACUCAAUGCGUCUGGACCUGUCCAAGAGAUCCAUCCAUCUGUUGCCCUCUUCCAUCAAGGAGCUAACCCAGCUAACCGAGCUGUACCUGUACAGCAACAAACUACAGAGUCUCCCGCCGGAGUUGGGCUGCCUGUCAGGGCUGGUGACGCUGGCGCUCAGCGAGAACUCUCUCACCAGCCUGCCCGACUCUCUGGACAACCUGAAGAAGUUGCGUAUGCUCGACCUACGGCAUAACAAACUGCGGGAGAUUCCUGCCGUGGUCUACCGCGUCGCCUCUCUCACCACGCUCUACCUGCGUUUUAACCGCAUCACCACCGUAGAGAAAGACAUCAAGAACCUGUCCAAACUUACCAUGCUCAGCAUCCGAGAGAACAAGAUUAAACAGCUGCCCGCGGAGAUCGGUGAACUAUGUAACCUGAUUACCCUGGAUGUAGCACACAACCAGUUAGAGCACCUUCCUAAAGAGAUCGGCAAUUGCACACAGAUCACAAACCUCGACCUGCAGCACAAUGAACUGCUUGACCUACCUGAGUCUAUAGGUAACCUGUCAAGUAUAAACCGUUUGGGCCUGAGGUACAACCGUCUAUCCGCAAUCCCUCGAUCCUUAGCAAAGUGCCGAGAACUGGAGGAGCUUAACCUUGAAAACAACAACAUCUCGGUGUUACCAGAGGGGCUUCUCUCAAGCCUGGUCAACCUGACGAGUCUGACGCUGGCACGAAACUGUUUCCAGUCUUAUCCAGUGGGUGGCCCUUCCCAGUUCUCCACCAUCUACUCUCUCAACAUGGAGCACAACCGUAUCAACAAAAUCCCUUUUGGCAUCUUCUCUAGAGCAAAAGUGCUCAGCAAGCUCAACAUGAAGGACAACCAGCUAACAUCUCUUCCACUGGAUUUUGGGACAUGGACCAGCAUGGUGGAGCUAAACCUGGCAACAAACCAGCUCACCAAGAUUCCAGAGGAUAUCUGCGGCCUUGUGUCUUUAGAGGUUCUCAUAUUGUCCAACAAUCUCUUGAAAAAGUUGCCUCAUGGGAUUGGGAGUUUACGGAAACUAAGAGAGCUUGACCUGGAGGAGAACAAACUGGAGUCUCUCCCAAAUGAGAUUGCCUACCUUAAGGAUCUACAGAAACUUGUGUUGACCAAUAAUCAGCUGACCACUUUGCCAAGAGGGAUCGGUCAUUUGACCAACCUAACCUACCUGGGCUUGGGAGAGAACCUACUGCAGCACCUACCUGAGGAAAUCGGUACACUGGAGAACCUUGAGGACCUGUACCUAAACGACAACCCUAACCUGCACAGUCUGCCAUUUGAGCUGGCCCUAUGCAGUAAGCUGUCCAUCAUGAGCAUAGAGAACUGCCCACUCAGCCACCUCCCACCCCAGAUUGUCGCUGGGGGCCCUUCAUUCAUCAUCCAAUUCCUCAAGAUGCAGGGGCCCUACCGUGCCAUGGUCUGAAAUGGUCCUGCUCGAGGCUCACACACUGUAUAAACAAAUCCAAAAAAAGAGGAAAAACAGAAUCGCUAGUCGACGUUAUCUUCAAAGACAUCGACACCAUUAUAUCUUGGACAGGAAACUGCGUAACUCCAAAUGGAGGAAUCAUAGCCAGUUAGGUCCCCUUUACCCAGUCGAGAAGAACACGACGUCUAGACUUCUGUUGCCAAAAUUAAUGAAUCAUCAUUAGUGAUUCUGAGAAAAGAGACGCUCUUAAAAUGUUUCAAUCAUUUUGCCAAUUUCUUGAAAGUCAUUAUAGGGGUUCUUGGCGCCAGGAAAAACAGUCGUAUGCAAAAACAAACAUCAUUUUUGAAAAACAACUUCAUUUUUGCUGCUGCUGCCGCCAUACUGUAUGUUAGUUGUUUCUUUGUAUUAUUUUUUGUUUGUUUUAUUUUUUAUUUAUUUUAUUUUUUUUAGACAGAAAUCUUGUCCCACAACCAAAAGAUUUUUAUUGUACAGAGGACCUGUUUGGAAGCAGUGAACAAAUUUUGUGUUGAUUGAUUUUUUUUAUUAUUAUUAAUAUUAUAGAAAUUGUGCCUAUCCAGUGCAGUUGGGUAGUUUGUGUCUGAACAUAAUUAUCCAAGAGGUUUUAAUACAAAAUGGAUGAAUUUACUAAAGCAUAAUUUAUUCAGUAAUUCCUUAACAUUUUGUAAUAAUCCUCGAUUACUUCCUCACUCCCUUUUUUCAACAUUCAUUCCUCUUUAAUGUCAAGCUAAGACACAUUGCUACGCCUAACGUUGCUAAAUUCACAGCCAAUCGUAACAAGGUGAUAUAGGAACCAAACAAUGCAGCGUAACCGAAUCGAGAAUUGACAACAAACUAGUGCUGAGUUUGUGAGUUUAAAGGAGUCGGCAGUGUAGGUGUAGGAGGUCUCUGAUCGUUCACUUGUUCGCCAUAUCUACAGUGUUGUGUCCUAUCGGUUUGCAUCGACAUAUCGGGUGCAUAUCAGGCCCACAUUUACUGUGAGGAAUGCCAAAACACCCAUUCUGUUCACUUUGAAGGAUUUCUCGGUUAGAUACGCACGUAUUUUUUUCACAACACGGACCCUCGACGUGGUCACCAGAUUUAGUUUCAUUCACCGUCACUCUUAUGCUGCUGCUUUUAAUGCACUUUGUACUGAUAUUUGGCAUCCACCUCAAGUAAAAGGGUCACGAUUUUUCACGUUACCAAUUAAACGAAUGAAUGGGGCAUUUUUAUUAUUAUUUCCAAAGUAUUUUAUCUUUUAUUUUAUUGUCUAUCCUGUAUAUUUUAUAACAACGAAUGAAAACGUUUGCAUCAGCAAAUUUAAAUGUUAACUCAUUCUUUUUAAGGCGAUAAUUCUCUCUUUAUUAAAUGUUUUGAUUUCAACUUUUCUGACUAGUUUGUGUUUCUGUAUAUUUAAAUUUCAUAUCACAGGCAUCCUUUGGUUUCAAAUGGUGCAAAUCAUCAAGUAUUGAUUGAUAGUAAGACCCAUUAUGUUUUGAUUAUACUUUUAUUUUAAAUGUGGAAUCGUUCAAGUAAAAAUGUAUUUUCUUUUGGUUUAGUAUUAUAUCAAGUGACUGUACAUUUACUCCACUUCUAUUUUAUCAAGCCAAAUGUCUUUUGUUAGGAUUGUGUUAAUUUUUUCUUUCCCUCACCUUUCGUUUAUAUCGCUGGCAGCAGUGUAAAGACUCGCGGCUCUCAUAGAGGCACUUCACAAUAGUGGGGGCACGAAAACGGACACGAAUUGCUGCUUUUUAUCAACCAGCAGAACCUGUUGCUGCUUUAUGGACCUCCUAAAAAACGUAAUGCUGUAAAAGAACCGACCCGGACGAGAUGUUACGGACUGGGCUCCCGGGGACGGUUCUACCAGCACAGACGUUCUGCUACAGAUGAAACCCCUCUGGAUCUGUUCGGCCAAUAUACGGUGCAUAUCUGGCGCCUGAUGCAGACGCUGAAUAAUAACUAGAAAAUGGAAAAAACACAAACGUUGUAAAAAGGGCUUUCUCUGUUCAUGCUUAAUUAUACACCAGAGGCAUUGCAUUCCUGGUUUUGUAUAAAAGCUUAGAACUGUACAUUUUCCUUUUUUCUUUUUUUUUGUGCGAGCGUGCGUGAAUGUGAGUGCGAGGGAAUAGUUAGAUGUUAACAAAAUGGAAUUAUUAUGUGACAAUAAAUGCCUUUUUGAAUACUUCAAGUGAGACGUGCAUUAGGGACACGACAUUGUGACGUGUUCCAUUUACGGUUUUUAUUUUAUCAAGCAUUUAUGUGCCAUUUAUGCAGGGGCGUCGGGCCGAUUUUUAAGUGGAAAAACGAACAGUUCAGUUUCGGAGAGCAUUUAUCGCAAACCAGGAAUGUAGUAGUAUGACGAAUAGUGACAGCACGGUUGUAAUCAGCCAGGGUUUUGAUUUUGUAACGUUCUGGUGAAUCCACACAUGAUUGGAGCUUAAGGGUUUGUUUAUUUUUCCUAUUGUCUGUGCAUUUAGGUCAUAGAAAAACUGUAUCAAUGAAGUUCAUAUCCAUGAUCAUUUUUGUAGGAAUGUGUUAUAUGUUUCCUGCUUUUUUGCCUUGCUAUGUAUAGGAAACAAGCAUGUUGAUUUUCGUUUGUUUUUACCCCCCUUUUUUAAAAUUCAUAUAAUUGUCUGGGUGGGGCAGGGAUGUAAAAAUAAGUACGAAACAUGUUGCUCUUUCGUAACUGCAAAAUGUUUUUAUUUUUACGAUUCAUAGGGUAUCAAGUGAUGUGCAGACAUGUUUAACAUUACUUUCUCUCUAGAGGAACGGCCUUAAAGGUGAAUCUCUUGGUUUCUUUCUUUCUAACUCAGCCCAAAUGAGUAACAGGACCCUCUUCAGUCAGUCAAGUCUUUGCUUUGAUAAGCAUUCUUCAAAUAAAUGUUCAUUUGACUGCCUUACAAAUGUCA